AUGCUUGGAGCUUAUCCUCCAAAACCAUCAACAACGACGAACAACAAGCCAUCAUCGAAGACUAGAGCUCGUGUAAUAACAGCGGCAUCUAGUGAAAGUGGUCCAAAAACCAGAUCAGCAUCAACUCGACGUACGAAAGAACAAGCAAUAACCAUAACCUAUCUGGGCCGUCAUUCAAAAAGCGAAACUGAUCUGCCUGCUUCUUCUACCACUCGUUCUAGUCGUCAAACUCCUUCAGUUGCACAGAAGAAAGGUACUCAAACUGCUCCUGUCGCUACCAAAAACGAAGAAUCCAUUACAUCCACAUCAUCACAAUCGCUUGAUUCGUCUUUGCACUCGAAAAGUUCGGUGUGGGCCUCAUGUAUCGAUGCUGUAAAUCAGACUGGAGCUGCGGCCAAGCGCGAAAACAAAUAUAUUCGUCGAUUGAGAGUUCUUCAUAGGCGGUGCAACCCAGGAAACUUUGAAAAAGAUGUUGCAAAGGACGAACACGCCACACUCUUCGCCGCCAGAUACUUGACACAUCGAAACCUCUGGUCUUUGAAUGCAUGUCACGCUUAUCUUCCAACGAUAACCAAAUGCAUCAUUAGUGAAAAUCAGACGGAUGGUUCAAUCGCAUUGGAUGCAUUGGAAGCGAUAACUGACACGUGUCUAGAACAAAUUGUACUAUUUUCUUCUACCACUCCGGGUAGAAUCGGAGUGAAUGUUGUAGAAGAAGAGCGAGCAGUAAAAGCGAAGGAUUGUAUUGCACUUUUUCGAGAAAUUGUCCGAAAAAGAGACUUCUAUUACAAGCAGAUGGAUGAGGAAUCAAUUUACAAGAUGGAUAAUAUAUUGGCAUCGUUGAAGAAUGUUUGA